CUGCCUGGCCAGAGCGGGCCCUCGCGCGAUGGCAUGUCAGGCCGCCACUUCCUCCCUUCUAUGGUCUUGGAGGACUCCUGUUUCUCCCUGCGCUAAUCCUGUUCCUGUUGCAAAUAAAGCAACCUUUCCUUAUCCCUGUUUGGCUGUCAUUGGCUCUCAGCUAGGCGGACCCGACAUUUCGGUAACAGUUGCUGGCACCCUAGAUGGGACCCUCCUAGCUCGGACAUUGGACUCCGGACGGCUGUGGCGAACUAGAAGCGGCGCCACCGGGGUGCUUAGUCCCUCUUCCUCACUUCACCGCGGCCCCUGGGGUUCAUGCUCCGAUAAGUGCUGGGAUGAGAGAGUUGACUUUCAGGCUGCCUUUUUACAAACACUGGCAAAGUAUGUGCCAAACAUCUACUCUGCUGAAAUGGACCCCUUGCUGGAGAAGCAGGAAGAAAUGGCCCAGAUAAAAAUAUUUGACCCUCUGGAGUGGUACUUGUUUAGGGAAGACCCAGAUGUCUGCCUGGAGAAACUGCGGCAGUGCGGAGCUUCUCAACUCUGCGGGAAGGUAUUCAAAGGUGGGGAGACUACAUAUUCUUGCAGAGACUGUGCAAUUGAUCCAACUUGUGUACUCUGCAUGGACUGCUUCCAGAAUAGCAUUCACAAGAACCAUCGUUACAAGAUGCAUACUUCCACUGGAGGAGGGUUUUGUGACUGUGGGGAUACAGAGGCAUGGAAGACUGGACCACUUUGUACUAACCAUGAGCCUGGAGCGGCAAGCACUACAAAAGCGGUACAAAUAAUACAUAAAGAAAACUCCAAAUGCCCUGAAGAAGUCCCCAGUCAAAGAAGAGGUUGUCCGCCGUCAUAAUAAAAAUACAUUGUAGAUAUAACAUUGUGGGGAAAAAAAAAAAGAAGAGAAGGACCCACUUCAGUGCAGGUGCAAGAGAAGACGGACCACUACUACUGUGUUCUUUUCAAUGAUGAACAUCAUUCUUAUGACCAUGUCAUCUACAGUCUACAGAGAGCGCUUGGUUGUGAGCUCGGGGAAGCCCAGUUGCACACUACUGCAAUAGAUAAAGAGGGUCGUAGGGCUGUAAAAGAGGGACCUUAUGUAUCCUGUCAGGAAACAAAAGAAGAAAUCAAGAGGCACUCUGAGAAUGUCUCCCAACGACCACUUCAUGUGGAGGUUCUGCAUGCUGAUGUUAUGGCUCAUCAGAAAUUUGCCUUGCGCCUUGGUUCCUGGUUGAACAAACUUAUGAGCUAUUCAAGUGACUUCCGCCAGAUUUUCUGUCAAAUAUGCCUCAAAGAGGAAGCUGACUCUGAAAAGCCCUGCCUCAUAAGCAUGUUGAUGCUUUGGGAUGCAAAACUUCAUAAAGGGGCAAGGAAGAUCCUUCAUGAACUUAUCUUCAGCAGUUUUUUCAUGGAAAUGGAGUACAAAAAACUUUUUGCUAUUGAAUUUGUGAAGUAUUACAAGCCAUUGCAAAAAGAAUACAUCAGUGAUGACCAUGAUAGAAGUAUCUCAGUGACUGCUCUCUCAGUUCAGAUGUUCACUGUACCCACUUUGGCACGCCAUCUUAUUGAAGAGCAAAAUGUAAUUACUGUCAUCACAGAGACACUACUAGAAGUGCUGCCAGAGUACCUGGACAAUAAUGACAAGUUCAACUUCCAGGGUUACAGCCAGGACAAACUGGGUCGGGUGUAUGCAGUCAUAUGUGACCUCAAGUAUAUCUUAAUCACUAAGCCUACAGUGUGGACAGACAGAUUGAGGGUACGAUUUUUGGAAGGAUUCCGGUCUUUUCUGAGGAUUCUGACUUGCAUGCAGGGGAUGGAGGAGAUACAGAGACAGAUUGGUCAACAUAUUGAGGUGGACCCGGAUUGGGAAGCAGCCAUUGCUAUCCAGAUGCAGCUGAAGAACAUUCUUUUGAUGUUCCAAGAGUGGUGUGCCUGUGAUGAAGACCUGUUGCUGGAGGCUUACAAAGAGUGCCAUGCAGCUGUGAUGAGGUGCAGCACAAGUAGCCAAUCACGGGAGAAGACAGUGCUUCAGCUAUGUGGCCACACUCUGGAAAGCAAACGUUACAGAGUGUCAGUAGACCCUGUCAGCAUACACCUGCCACUGUCCAGGACGCUUGCAGGCCUACAUGUACGACUAAGCAAGACUGGAGCAAUCUCAAGACUGCAGGAGUUUGUGCCUUCUGAACAAUUCCAAGUGGAGCUGCUAAUGGAAUACCCUUUGCGCUGUCUAGUGUUGGUUGCUCAGGUUGCUGCAGAGAUGUGGAGAAGGAAUGGGCUCUCCCUGAUAAGCCAGGUGUUCUAUUACCAUGAUGUUAAAUGUAGAGAAGAGAUGUAUGAUAAAGACAUCAUCAUGCUGCAGAUUGGUGCAUCGUUUAUGGAUCCAAACCUUUUCCUGUUGCUGAUACUGCAGAGGUAUGAGCUUGUCAAUGCCUUCAAGAAGAUCGUGCCCACCAAAGACCAGGAUUUGACCAAGCAAUAUAAUAUAUUAAUAGAAGAAAUGCUGCAGGUUCUCAUCUAUGUUGUGGGGGAAAGAUACAUGCCUGGAGUGAGUAGUGUGACAAAAGAAGAAAUUACAAUGAGAGAAAUUAUUCAUCUGCUCUGCAUUGAACCAAUGGCUCACAGUGCUAUUGCCAAAUCUUUGCCUGAGAAUGAAAACAAUGAAACUGGCUUGGAGAAAGUAAUAAACAAAGUGGCCGUAUUCAAGAAACCGGGUGUGUCAGGCCAUGGAGUUUAUGAAUUGAAGGAUGAAUGCAUGAAAGAGUUCAAUAUGUUCUUUUAUCACUAUACCAAGACCCAGCACAGCAAGGCUGAACAUACGCAGAAGAAGAGAAGAAAACAAGAAAACAGAGAUGAAGCACUGCCACCUCCUCCCCCUCCUGAAUUCAGCCCAGCGUUCAGCAAUGUGGUGAAAGUUCUGAACUGUGAUAUCAUGAUGUAUAUCCUCAGGACUAUCCUUCAAAGGGCAGUACAACUGGAGACCCACUUAUGGACUGAAGCUAUGAUCCAGAUGGUACUUCACCUCCUUUGUCUGGGCUUACUGGAAGAGAAGCAGCAGCUAGAAAAGGCUCCAGAGGAAGAGGUGACCUUUGACUUCUAUCACAAAGCAUCAAGAAUGGGAAGCUCAGCCCUGAAUGCUCUGAACAUACUAAUGCUUCUGGAAAAACUAAAAUCAGUUCCUCAGUUAGAAGCACAGAAGGAUAUGAUCAACUGGAUACUGCAGAUGUUUGACACAGUGAAACGAUUGAGAGAAAAAUCAAGUUUGGUGGCAACAGCAGCAACUACAUCAGGAUCAGAAACUACAAAAGGCGAUGAGACUCAGAGCACUCAAGACAAAGAGAAGGCUGAACGGAAGAGGAAGGCAGAAGCUGCCAGGCUGCAUCGCCAGAAGAUAAUGGCCCAGAUGUCUGCUUUACAGAGGAAUUUCAUUGAAACUCAUAAACUCCUGUAUGAAAACACACAAGAGACACAGGGAAGAGAGGACUCUGUUAUGGAGGAGGAGAGCAUACCUUUGGCCAUUGAUUCUUCUAAAAUUGCCUUGGGACCCAAACGAGGUCCAUCUAUUACUGAAAAGGAAGUGUUGACCUGUAUUCUAUGUCAGGAGGAGCAGGAAGUGAGGCUGGAGAGUGCUGCGAUGGUAUUAUCAGCUUGUGUCCAGAAAUCCACUGCCUUAACUCAGCACAGGGGGAAAACUCUUGAACUCUCAGGUGGUAGGUAUCUCUCUUCAGCUAAGAACAUCAGCUGUUCCUGUUCUCUUCUUAGAACUCACUUCAGUGAUGUUUGUUUCACGCUUUCAGCCAAUCAGAUUACUGAAUAAUUACUUUUUUUUAAUGAAAAGUUACUUAAGAAUUUUAGUCGUAUAUUUUAGAUGGGCUUAAAAUCCUUGCCAUAAAACUAAAAAUCAGCUGUGGAGGAGAAUUUACUACCAUUCUCUCUUGUAAAACAAAGAUGAAUUCCAUGUGUACAUGACUCCUACUUUGAAUAAAU